AUGCAAUAUUUCAAUCUAAUUACUUCAAUUUCUGCAAAAUCGAUUUGUAAAAGCCUCGCGCACUCAAAUCCACCUCCACAAUUUGUAAUAACAUCAGAAUUACCAACACCAGCACAUUUUCAUUGGGCUUCUGAGCAAAUUUCGCAGAAAUUUGGUGGCAAAAAAACAGAAUACCCACUAGACGUCAUCGUUUACGAAUUAAGCUUACCACAAUACAAACAGUUCAAUAAAUUAUACGAGUUUCUGACAUCAGGAGCCAAUAAAAACGAAAUGAAACCAAAUUUAUUAUUCAAUUUAUACCAAACAAAUAGGAAUCUAUUUACAUCACUUAUAACAAUCUACACACCAUUAUAUAAAGUUUUCAACCAGAACGAUCUCCUUUCUUUAUUUCCAAAAACAGAAAUUUCAAUUUUUUAUUUCAUCAAUAAAUCAUAUGCAGAAAUACAAUUAAAAGGACAUAUACCAAAGGUAGUUACAAAUAAUUCUCAUGCUCUUCUUCAAUCUAUUAUAGAAACAAAAGAUGAUGAAUUUUUAAGUUUUUUUCAACAUCUUUUACUUUCAAACGACCAAGACACUGCCAAGAAACCACUACACAUGUCAUUCAUAGGGUCAAAACAUAUAGACGAUUACCUUUUAAAGCCAAAUUUAAAAUUAAUUAAAAAUUUCGACUUAACAGCAGCCCUUAAGUUCUCAGAAGGUCAUCCACAGUAUCUAGCAAUAGCAUAUAUACUUGAAUUCGACAAAAUCAGUACCAACAGGCAAUUUAUUGAGAAUUCAAUUGAUAUCAUUAAGAAAAUUUCAGAUUUACCACCAUCUUUCAAGCAAUUCUUCAAAAAUGUGAAGAAUGACCUCACAAUCCUCACAAAUUUGUCUAAAAUGGUCGGACAAAAAUUUUCUUUUGAUGACCUGUCAAAACAUUCAAUUCCAUACAUAUGCUCUUCGCUUAUGGAUGGCCUGAAUCUGGAUGACUUCCUGUUCAUGGAAAACUUCGAAUCUUUCACGAAUGGCUACGCAAAAAUGGAUUUCAUAUUUAUUGUUUCUUUUUGUUUGUUUUAUACGAUCCUUACUGAUUUUGAUGAGACCAAAAUCAACUACUACAUCUCCUUUUUCAAGGAUCCUGCUUUAAAAUCGCAAAUUUUCACAGAUAUCUUUUCACUUUUAUUUUUAGAGGAUAACUACGGCGGAUUCAUUCUCCCCGUUAAUAAGAUCUUUAAGCUCCUUCAAAUCAUGUCGCAAUCAAAGACUUACGACGAAAUUGACAAUUAUAUCUCACAAGUUCUCGCGAAGAUCAAAUGCUAUGACGCAAACAACAUUACAUACAAUGCCCUUCUCGCGCCCUCGGAAUCUUUGGUUCAUCCCCUUUUAAUACAGAAAAAAUUUGAUUUGGCCGUAGAAACCGUCGGGACAAACCAAAAGAUGCUCAAAUUCAUAGAUUUGGUCAGAGGAACUGUUGAAUUCAAUUCAAACCUCUCAAAAAGUCUUUUGUUUAAAUUUAAGGAAAAUGAAGCGAAAUUUUACCUGGAAAUGGCCAUGUCGACAGCCAUAAAGGAAUACUCGGACGUAGCAUUGACAUUCUCUAAAGAUUUUGAUGAUUUUUUGAAGAAAAAAUUAUCAAAAUUUUCAUCCAAGGAAUUUUCAAGGGAUAUCGAGCUAGAAGUGAUCCAUAAGAACAGUACUUAUCUUACUGCUGUCAGAAACCUUGAUAAUUUGCUUCUUUCGAGAGAUUUAAUUUUUGAAAAAUUAAAUUCUUUCGAAAACUGUAAAUAUUUGAAUAAUCUCGUUGAUUUCAUCAACAUGUGUAUCAACUGUGGCAUUACCACACCUCUAUCCAUGAAAAACAUGAAUCCAAUGGAAAAAUUAGACGAAUUAAUUUCAAAUGGCAAAUUUGACAUUGCCUUAGAAUUUUCUGGUGUAAACAGAAUUGAUUUCUUUCAAUAUUUGUUUGUAAAAUACCGUGCAAAUGAAAAUAUUUUGAAAUUAAUUUCUCCUCUGUAUCCAAUGGCUUCUUUGACCAUGGCGUUGAGUUCUUUGACACCUGACGAACUAAAAAAAUACAGGAAUGUAGUUUUACCUAAAAAUUCCUCAAAAAUUAUGAAAAAUUUUUAUGAAAAUAAGAUUAAUCCAAUUUCUGAUCAGAUAUUAAGCGAAAAACCUUAUGAGAGAAAGCUUAAAAUCAAGGAAUUUAUUGAUAAUGAUGAUGUUUCCCUUGAUGAUUAUUUAUAUUCUUCAGAUCCUCAAAUAAUUUAUGAGAUAAUCAUGGAGAAGAUCGAUUCCAUGGACCUUAAGAAGUUGUUAUUUUACCUGGAUUUCUUGGAUUGUUUCAUAAUUUCCGAUAAAAUUUCUCAUACAAAGGAAAUGGUGACUUUUCUACUGAAACUGAAGAAUCCACCACAUACAAUCAAAGAAUCCAAGCAGAAUAUAUCAAACAGACUCUCACAACUCGUUUCUAGGAAAAAAUACCAAGCGGCAAAAGAUCUUUCGACGUUUACAGGCGACCAACAGUUAUUUGAGGACAUAAUGGUCGACCACGUCAUCAAUAUUUUGCUCUCAAAACAUGAAUCUGAAGUCGCAUUGAAUUAUUGCGACGGAUUUGAGGAAAAAAUACUUUUAGCAAUACCAGAAGACCAAUAUGAGAAAAGAUUUGAGCUAAUGAACCUUUCAGAAGCCUUAAAACUCUCAAAUCAAAAAGAAUUUACAGCUUUAUCUUGUUAUUUCAGCGUUCCUCCAAGAUUGCGACCAAACAAGCCAGAUGUGAACCUAAUAAUCGAACAUCUGUGCAGAGAGAACGCUAUGGAUAUUCUUUUCGAGCUUUCUCAAGAAUAUAAUCUUAAUAUUUCGAAGAUUUCGCAAAUUGCGAGUAAAGAAGCGAUUGAUCUUGUUUCUAGUUACGGAGAUUCCCUUUCUCUUCCAAUAUUAACACCAAUGAUCGAUGAUGUUUCGCAAAUUUUGAAAAAAUACCAAAAAUUUGUCGAAAAUUUUCAAGUUGUUGCGAAUUCUUUUGUUCCUAUCGCACUCCACAUAUCAGCUUUUGUCGUAGUUGACUGUAUGGAGCACGAAGCAAUAUGCGAACGCUUCAUUGUCUUGUUUUUGGCGUUUUUGAGAAAAAUAUUGAAAUCAAUUUCGCCAGAAAACAAGAAAGACAUAGAUAUCGUUAUCGAAAAGACACUCAAAGUAAAGAUUCUCGCAAGUAUAUCAUUCUACGUUCGAUACAAUUUCGUAUAUGGAAUUGAUAUCGUCGGAUCUGAUAGAAAGAGCGACCAAAUCCACGAGAAACUUGUAUCCGAUGACUUCCAUGACCUUGCCAAGCACUUUAAACAGACUUCCGAGAACUCAAAGUUCUUUUUUACGAUGCUCAAAUUUACAGACUACGAAAAAGCGAAGAACGAGUUCGACAAGUUCAAAAAAUAUGUCCAGAAGAAGGAGAAGUUCUUACAGAGGCUUCUUUGGGCCAUGCAAAGUCCCUUAUGUCUCGAUGAAGAUUAUAUUCGUUCUCCUGUUGUAGAUAUUGCUCCCCAAAGCCUUUAUUCCUCAUGUAAGAAGUUUAUAGCCACCAAAACAUCCGCUUUCUGUCCUUCCUGGGCUAACGCAGCCUCGUUUUACAUAGACCAAAUUUACGGAAUUUCAUCGGUUAUCAAAUUUUUCUGUGAAACCGGUUUUUACGGGCGUGCGAUAGAAAUCCUAAAAUCGAAUUCAUUUGAUGAAUCGAUGUUUAUAUAUGGUGUUCUGUUACCAUCCCUAUCUUUUGGCAAAGUUGACGUUAUGUUGGAAAUUUUGAAAGAAAAUGAUCCAUAUUACGAACUAUCAUCUAAUGCAUUAUAUGCAUCCAUCUCAAUGCUUUCUAAAAACAAAGUUGGUCUUCUUCGAUACCAACUUGACAUGAUUUUCGACGAUUAUUAUGACGCGAUCUUUGCCGUUGAAGAUAUUUAUAGUCAUGAGAAACGUCAAGAUGUUCGUUCACAAAUCCUUUCUAAAUGUCAACGCGAUUUCCCACACGAACUUGUCAAUUUCAAGAUCAUCGAUCUUCAAGAAGAGUUCGUUCAUCUUCAACGAAUUCAUGGUAUCCAAUACAACCCUUCUAUCCAUCUUUUCGGAGAUGGACUUCCUUUGGCCAUGGAAUGUCUUUUCUCUAAGAAACUUUAUGAAUUCGCGUGCAAAGUCGCAAUCGAACUCAAGAUCGAUCCAACACAAACAAUCAACAGAAUAUCUAAGUCAAUGAGUCUUUCUAAAGCUCGUUCAUUUGUUUUCAACUUCGGAAAGUACACACUUCCAAACAAUACAAGUGUUUUCGAAGACUGGAUCACAGUUUUACUUCAUUCAUUCAACAGCAAUAACAAGACUAAAUCAUUCGUUUUCAGUAUCAUCGACAAAGAAAUCAAAUCUUCCAAGUUCAAGUGCCACUUACUCAUCCAGUUUGGAUACACAUCUGAAGCUAAGUCUAUUGCCAUUCGCGAAAACCUCUCUGAAUUCAUCAUCCUUUUGUCUGAUUAA